GUCCUGUCAUUUAGUAAGCGGCAGUGCGCGGCAUCGCGCGUGGCGGCGCCAAGCUGAGCACGGCCACCUGCUCAUGUGACGAUACGGAGCGGAGCUAGGCGGGCGCGUCUCGUGCUAGGCAGGAUGCGGUGGCGCGCGCGCUCCACCACCUCGCGCGCCAAGGAGCGCGCGAACAUUAGCUUCUUCAUCUUUAUCAUGUUCUUCGCGGUAUUCGGAGUGAUCGUGCUUACGGAACUGCUGCUACUGGAGCGCCCGCCACUCGCCUCUUCCAGGUCCCGAUAUAGCGACGACGUGCAGGGAUGGGAAGCCAAAGGGGAUUCAGGCACGGAUGGCACGGAUCCUCCGCCACCGGCGCACGCACCGCUCGACGCUGUUUGGCAGCCAGUCGCCGGCACUCGGUUCAAAUUCUUCGUAUACUCCGCAUAUAUGGAGCGGCGGACGGUGGGCGCGGUGCGGAUCAUAGCGGCAACCAAAACACGCGGAGCUGACAGCGUGGUCUGUCGCUUGUGGCUGCUGGACAACCGCACGAUUACUGUCAAGGCUAGAGUUAAGCCUAUACGUGAAAAUUGGAACCUCAAGUAUAGUGCGACGUACGUGCUGUGUAGCCUGAGGGACACGGGCGUGAAACCGCAGGAGACUGUUGGUGCGGCGGUGGCGGUGAUGGCUAGCGCGCACACGCAUAGCGCGCCCACCAACCUACUGCCAGUGCUUGACACCACGCCCAAGAGUGGCAUAGAGGAAAACCUACACGUCUGUGUAAAACCAUUCCACUACUCGUACGCCAGGGACGACUGGCUGGUGGAGUGGUUCGAACUGAACCGCCUACUGGGGGCGAGCCACUUCUACAUGUACAAUGGCUCACUGAGCGCUCCCGUAGCGUGCCUGUUAGAACAGUACCGGCGAGAGGGACUCGUCACUCUGUUACAGUGGAAACUGCCGCUGGUUUCCAAAGUAGAAAUAAGGACGGAGGGUCAAUUCGCAGCGUUUAACGACUGCCUGUACCGCUCCAUGUCCACGGCGGGCUGGCUGCUGGUGAUCGACGUGGACGAGGCGGUGCUGCCGCGGCGCGAGCGCACGCUGCCGGCACUACUCACUGCGUUGCGUGCCUCAUACAAUACGCCUGCGAAGGCGCCCUCGGCGUUCAUUUUUCGGAACGCCUUCUUUUACUUGCGGUGGGAGGACGACGCCGAUGCGCCGACGCCGCUGCUGACGUCACGGAAGACCCGCCGCUGGGCCGCGCCGCACGCGCUCAAGCACCGCAGCAAGUACGCCGUGCGGCCCAGCGACGCUAUCGAGCUCGGCAACCACUUCCUCUGGGAGAUGGCCCCCGGUGCCAGCGCAGUGGGGGUCGCCACUGACCGCGCGUUGCUACAUCACUAUCGGAUGGCAUGCGAAUUCGGAGGUAUGCAGUGCAUCAUGGUGCCAUCCACAAUCGAUCGCACUGCCCACCGGUGGGCAGAAGAGUUGAUGGCGCGAGUUACAACGGUGAAGCAAAAACUGGACAAGAUCUGCCCAGCGUAGGCAACGGUACAAGGCUGUCGGGAACUGGUGGUUAACUGAUGUGCCGCUGGAAAGUUUCCCAAAUUCCGAAUUUUUUACAAAGGAAGAUAUAUGAAUCUUCUCUUAUUUGUAUUGUGAUUGAAAAUUCCCAUUUGAAAAAUAAUUUCCAUGAAAUUGUCCAGAAAUUUCUGGCAACAUUUCUAACUUACUUUUAGGAAAUUUGCACAUCUGUAUGUAGCGGACAGUAUCUUACAAGAAGCGUGUAUUUUUAAGACAACUUGAGAAAUCCACUUGUAUUCUUGGAAUAAGUAUGGGUAGUAGGUACCUAUCAAUAUUUUUCAAAAACUUUACGUAAAAAUUUUAUUGUGCCAAACAGUUGUCAAAGGAAAAGUCGCAGUAAGCGAUAGUAAAAAAUCGGAAAUGUACUAAACAUAUUUCUAUAUUUAUAAACACGGAUAUUUAGGAAACACGCGGUGUCCAUCGGUUCAAGGGCCACAGGGUCCGGGGUUGCUCAAGUAAACAAUAAUUCCAUCAAUUGAUUUAAGCAUACAAGAUUACGUAAGAUGACGAAACAUGUAAGUAAGUAAGGAAUUUUCCUAUAGGAUAACUUCAACGUUAGAAAUUAUCCGCUAUAUAUUUUUUAUUUGUUUUUAUAAGUAAGUAUCGACAUUACAAAAAUAAAUUUAUGUUUUUAACCACCUUCAUUUGAAUUUUGAAAGUGAUUUACAAUUCUUUCCGAUGUUUUUUUACAUAAUCCGGAUUUCUCGAACAUGGCGUUAUAUUUUAUGCAAUGUGAACAUAUGCUUUAUGGAAGUAGGUAUGUACCGUAAAACGGGGUGAGUAGGUUUCACGGGGAGAGGUGGCUUAUGAAUGGGGAGAGAAGGUUUGAGAGGGGGGUAAGAAGGGUUUUUAAGGCUACUGCCACAAAAAUACUUCUCUUCUUCUUUCAAAAUUACCUUUGUAUGAAAAACUCUCUCACCCCAAAUACGAGCCACUAGGUACGGGGUGAGGUGGGUUUUCCUCUUUAUCGUCAAAGUUAUGAAACAGAACUACCCAAAAUAAAAUACAAACGUCCGAACCACUAUAUAUAUACACCAUUCAGUUUUGUAUUUUCACAGAACGUAGGCCGUUCAUUAUAAUAAUUCGUCUUAUAUAGAAACGAUUCUAGUCGUUCACAUGUAAAAUAAUCUAAUAAUUUAGAACUGUUAAAAUGGUCGUAUAACCCAUUCUCGUAGUUGUUCUGGGCUUAAUAAAAUUAGGCCAUAAUAAGUAAGUACAUGUACAAAAUGCUUGAUCUAAUUCUAAGUGAACUGAAAUUUGUAUUUAUUUAAAUUUACGAAAACUGUUUACAUAAGGCCUCGUAGGUUUAAUUAAUGCCCCAAUAAGUUUUAUAAUUCUACAUAUAAAAAUAUAUUAAAGAGGACCAGUUUUUAGACAAACUUGUGAUGAUUUUAUUUUCAAAGGUGUAGUCAGCAGCAGAUGUUGCUAAGCGGAUGAGGUGUUCAAAAUUACCUAGACACGCUAUUAUUCUCCUAACAAUAAAGUCGCGUCAAGAUAAUUUUGAACACUUGGCCCGCUUAGCAAUUUCUGCUGCUAACUGUACCUUGUUUGUUUAAGCGCUACAUCUGUGAAUGUAAUGUUGAUGAAUGAUUUGCGUCAGCGUCAUUAUUUAUAUUUGCUCAACAACAAUUCUAAAGAAAUUGGAGAACGGUAUAAGGAGAACUUACACUCUGUAAUUACUCUUACAUGUAUAAGAUAAACUUGUGUAAAGGUAUGUUUCUACACUAAUUCAAUAAUGUAUAGCCAGCUGUAGGAUAGCUUGAUCCCCUGCUUAAAAAAAUCUAGCUAUAGUACAAAAUCUGAUUUUAUGAAUGAAUUCAUUAAUUAAUUCCAGUUAUUCAGGCACUUGUCCCACCGCCGACGAUGAGCGAUAAGCUAGUAGAACGAUAAACUAGAAACGACUGGGUGAGCGGCGAAAAGCGAGUGUUAGCUUUAAUAGUUUUGUCGCUCGGCUAUAGGCGAGUAUUGGAGUGCGACGGGCUAUUACUCGCAUCACUCGCUCGGGCGGUGCAGCGUAGCCGAACACGCAGACUAAUUGGUCUCGCAGCUUGAGUUCUAACUACGAAGCGAGCAUCGCCGAGCGAGUACCGCUGAGCUAUUUUUAUCUUAUCGCGGCGACAAACUAGUAGAGCGAGUGUUCUUGCCGGCAGUGUGAACAGCCAGCGAUGAACUAUUAAUAUAUGUGUCUCUUUUACUAACACAGGAUCCUAAUCUUUUGUUCGUUUCUUGGGCGAGAAAAUCGCCGAUAGUUAAUCGCUUACUCGCUCUUGGUGAGACAAGUGCCUCAAUAAUGGGUUCAUUGCAAUUUUUCAGCUCGCUGUACAUUCAUCUUCAUCUCACGCCUUCAAGUCGUCUUGUUUCAUGCGCAUACGACUGACAUGGCUGUGUAUGCUACUUUAGAACUUAUAUGCUAUUUUGCUUAGGGCAUGGAUUUCAGAAAAACUUAUCGGCUAUGUGGAGAUCCUUGAAGUACCUUCCUGUCUCCUAGAUUGUGCGUUCCUAUAGUAGCAUGUCUCCGCAAAAAAAUGUCUUAGGUAACAUGCAAUUAACGUCUACCAUGGUUUAACAACCAGCCUAAGAUAAUAAAGUUAAGAACAUUUUGAUUAUAAUUUGUAAUUCAAACUGUUAUUAUCAUUGAUAUACUGUAUUUAAAGAAUUAAAUAAUAAUGGAUGUUGUGAUGUAGAUUCAUUUACCUGAUCUCAAAUACAUAAAUAUAUAAUUGUAUAUAGGUAAUCAUUAAACCGUGUCUUUAGAAUUCAUUCGAAAAUGUUUUGUCUCUAUUAGGUUUUUCCCUAAUCACGAGGCUUACCAUAAAUCUUGUAAAUAUUGUAUUUAGCCAUCAGAGUACAUAAGUGCACGUUUUAUAUAUUGAAGCCUAUUAUUAUAGUAUCUACUAUGAAAUGAUGUUUAGCUAUUGGUCUUUGUUAGAUCAUUAACAUUAUAUCUGAUAUUAGAAUACCUAUGUAUAAUGUUUACCAUGCGACAAUAUCUAAUGACCUGUGAGAAUGAUAUCCUCUCAUUAUGUAUUCAAAAAUAUAGUAGUAUCAAUGCUACACUCUAAACUAUGGAAAUUAUGUGGAAAUUACUGUUUUGCCUUGUUUAAACGAAUAUCACAGUAAUUUAAAAAUUAGCCGGUGUAUAAAAUGACGAACUAAAUAUUGUCUGUAUUGUUAUAUUUUUUCAUGAUAAAAAAACAAUUUAAAUGAGCCAUUUUCAGCAUUUUUUCCAGCACGGGGUAAAGUCUAUUCCGUUCAUAAUUUAUCCAUUGUGACGUUCAUUAAUCAUUAUACACAUGAUAACCUGUAUAUAUUUUUUUCAAAAAAUACCGUUGUUUACCGAAUUGAUGAUUUCGUUUCUUUAAAUCUAUUGAAGUAGAUAAUAACAAUUAAGGUAUUAUUUUGAAGGGAACGAAGUACUUAUAAUACUUAUACAGUUGAGUCUAGCAUCCACCAGAGCUGAGUCAGAUAGCGGAACGAUGCACAAGUAAAAUUUAUCACAACCAAUACAUUCGCCAAGAAAAACGCACAUACCAAUGGGAACGCUUCCUCGAAUUGCUCUACAAUCUCACACAGUUUUGGUGGAUGUUCACACUUAAAAUAAAUUACAUCGGUACCUGUUCUUUAAGACCCUAUGGCUUAGACUAUUUGCUCACGUAUUCAAUUGUCUACUUUCCUGUAGAUUUAAGAAGUGGGGCUGUACUAUUAAAACAUAUCAUAUAACAAUUUUACAUAUUAGGUACCUACCUAUUAUUCUAUGUUUAAAAACUGCUUUAAAACUUUCACAUUGAAGGCUUUCACAGUCCAUGGAAUAAAUGAAGUAUGAUUUACUGUGGGUAUCCUAAAACGUAUUUUAAUAGCAAACUCGUACCUUUUAAGUAAGUUGGGUCGUCAGACAGUUCCGGGGUGAUUUCCUAUUUCAUUUUGACUCGCACAAUCCGUCGCACCCAACACCAGCUCAGUUAAGUGGUACACCGUUUAUAAAUGUUAAAAUGCUCUACCUCUGCUUUUUUAAGUUGGAAUAUUUUAUAAACUUUCUAAAAGGGCGUAAUGUAAUUGAUAUUGAUAAUUAUACACUGUCUUAAGCGCUGGUGGCCUAGCGGGCUUUCAAUCCGGAGGUCGCGGGUUCAAACCCCGGCUCGUACCAAUGAGUUUUUCGGAUCUUAUGUACGUAAUAUCAUUUGAUAUUUGCCAGUCGCUUUUCGGUGAAGGAAAACAUCGUGAGGAAACCGGACUAAUCCCAAUAAGGCCUAAUUUCCCCUCUGGGUUGUAAGGUCAGAUGGCAGUCACUUUCGUAAAAACUAGUGCCUACGUCAAAUCAUGGGAUUAGUUGUCAAGCGGACCCCAGGCUCCCAUGAGCCGUGGCAAAAUGCCGGGAUUACGCCAGGAAGAAGAGACACUGUCUUGUCAAAAUUAUACUUAUUAAUCUAUUGGGAAUUAGUUGCGUUUUUUGACUGCAUUACAAACUGCCAUAAGCCAUAAUACUUUUCUUUGUACAGUGAGCUGCAAAAUUGCAUGGACCCAUGAAUGGAUUUAGUUUAAUAAGUAACGGCUCGAUUCUGAAAAUGUAUUAGAUCUCUACUAGACCUCAGCAAGUUACGAUAUGGAUAAUUUAAAGAUAUUUGUAAGAUAGAUAUGACAAAUUUGACGUUUCCGCGAUUCUGGAGGUCCUCUUGAACGAUUUCGACAAGAUAGAUAUGUCAAAUUUGACGUUUCCGCGAUUCUGGAGGUCCUCUUGAACGAUUUCGACAAGUUAUGACUUAGAUAUCCAAGUCACAUCUAGUCGAUAUCUAAUGUAAAUCUAGUUGAUCUCUAUAUCGUUUCUAGAUCUUGUGAUUAUCUCGUUUCCCGAAUACGCGCGUAAGUGGCCAUGCACUUUUGCAGCUGGAUGUACAAUCAGCAUCAAUAGUACAACAGUAGUACAGUAGUAGUUAGCUGGUAGAACAUUGCGCCAAAAGUAGUAUCUGCCAAGCUCUCAUAGUUUUAGGUAGAAAAGAAAAAUGGGAUGACGGAUGUUACGAAAAGUCACGUGACUAUAUCCAUACAUUGUGUAAGUUUCGAUUGACGUUUUCUACCAAUGAUUAUCAUCUUGGUUAGACCCCAGGUACCUAUAUCAUAUCACACACCAUUUGUACCGAAAGUAGAUACCUCAUAACUUUUUUGGGUUUGGUACUACUCCUAAGAAACGUAAACUAAAAGAAGUUAGUCAUGAAAAUAAUUAUAUUGUGAACAUGAAUCAUUUUAUUUUACUUUAGAUUUUAUUCUCGACUUAUUAUACUUAUUGUUGUCCAACACGAGAAGCUAAACAGCGUUUGAUAAGACACCAAACGAAGAUUUAGUGUCAAAAAAUAUUCAGUGUCUAUAUUUUUAUCUGUGAUGUCUAUUUUAGAGAAGGGUUGUAUUGGAGUCAAGGAAUAACGGAUUUGUUAGCCGAAUAUUUAUAAAGGUCUUUUUUAAUAAAGAAAAAUAUUGACUA